AUGCUGGUGUGCCGCCGGCGUGCACCUUGGGCGCCAAGCGCCUCGGCCCCCGACGUGCCCGAGGAGGCCCUCGAAGGCGUCGCAGGCCCACCCUUUGGAGGAAGAGACUUGGUCGUGGCAGUCAUCAUCGACAUCGCCAUGUGGGUGGCCCUGUAUUGGCGGGACUACGCGAACCUGUGGAAUAUCACUGUGGCGCACUACUACUCCUUCAUCCUCAUCACGGACCUGGCAGCGCUGCGAGUGCCCGCUGCGCGACGAGGUUGGUGGAAUCCCUUCCGUGCCAUCGUGGCCAUGUCUUACAUCGUCCACGAAGCAUCGCUAGCUUUGAAGCUCAUCGAGCCCCUCGACUACAUGCUCUUCGUGAGGGAGGGGCUCUGUCUCGUGCGCCUCAUCCAUGCCGUGUACUGCGUUGUGAGGUUUGGCCCUGGACUGCGGCAGCUGGCGGCUUUCCCUGCUUACUUCCGCUAUCACUGCGAACACAUCUCCGCUGUUCCGCUGCUCUCUGUGGCGUACUCAUGCGUGGGCUUCUUCUGCCCCUACAUCUUUAUCCAGAUGCACUACAACUACGGAAAGGAGGUGUUGGAUGGCCCGCUUACCGCUCUCCAGGCUUCAUACACAUUCACCGUCGUGAUCAAGUCCUUGGUGCUGAACCUCAUGGCUGCCAGCCCACUCGAGGCUGGCCUGUCGCACCUGAUUUCCUGCAUCCUCUUCAGUGCCCAGUACCCGCUCAUCUUCGACAUGUACUGGGAGUGCUUGCUCAAGAUGGGCCAUGUGCUGGCGGAGGUCUUCUUCGGCCUCUGCGCGGUGGCAUACCUGUUCUUCGACAUCCGGCUGAAGCCGCUGGAAUCUUCUGAAGUGAAGGGGUUGGACGCCUGA